AUGGCGUCCCUUUUCCUGCUGCUUCUUCUUGCCCAGGUUCGGGUGCAUCUCUCUCUUCCGAUGCAGUCUGGGCGAACAAUUGGCGAGCUUGGCGCGGAGUCUGCACGUGGUGGAGAAUUCGCUGCCCACACACCUCACCUGGAUCCACUAGGAGGCUCGCAUUUAAAAAACGAUCCGACGGCUCCAGUUGAUCUCAUGGCCAACAAGCCUAAGCCUGAAUCGGAUUUGAAGGGCUAUCGCCCCGAAGUAGAGCCGCCAGUGACGCUCCUCGACUAUUGGGGAAACGGAUUAAAAAAACUGAUACCAGCUAAACCAUUGAAUGUGAAAGGUAAAGAUGGUCCAGAAUUAGCCAUAUAUUUAAAAGAAAGGGAUUCAACGAUGCCUUACAAAACGGUCGAAAAGGUCUACUCAAGCUUUUCUGCGGAUCAUACAGGGCCCAUAGACGUCUUCUACAAUCCUGAAGUCGAGCAUGUGCUAAGGGGUACUAAUGCAGGGGAAACAAGAGAUGCCAAAAUUCUAUUACAAUACUUCAAGGAGAAAAUACCACCACAGGAAUUUGAUAGAAGGUACAACGUUCUCAUGUUUCAAUCCGAACAAGCUAAGCUAGCGAGAGAGUGGGGGAAAGAAGCCAGAAAUAUUGCUAGGAGAACAGGCCAACCGCUAAAUACGGUGAAAAAAUAUGGAGAAAUACUAGGAUUGGACAAGCCUUACUCGGAUUUCCAGCGGGAAGCUACAGAGGUCACAGUAUUCAAAGAUCUCCAAGCGCUAGAAACAAGGGGCAAAAAAAUACUGGACGAAAUCAAAACUCGCCAUUUGACGCCCCAGGAGUAUGAACGCCGACGUGGGGUUAUAGCAGCUGUCGAUGGCAUGAUAGAAAGACACCACGACCUCGGAUUCGAGCCAGUCCUUGUUAAAGAAUGGCAAGAACAAAAAUACGACGUGCCAAGGAUGGUGGGGAUGAUCGAUUACGCUCGGACUGUAGCCGCUGGAAAAUCAGAUCUCAUGAACGAGGCGGAGUUUGCCCAUGUGUACAACUUAUUUGAGCCCUUUGUCCGAGAGAGCUUGGAAGCGAAGGCGAGUGGUGUCUCAACAGUCAGAGACCUGGAAGAUAUACAUAUCAAAGCUGCUCUCAAAGAUAAACCCGAGGGGAGCACGAAGUCGAAGCUACCUUGGUACAGAAAACUGAUCAAUUGGUUCAAGAGAAAAUUCGGUCGGGCUAAGGUUGCUCCAGAGUCCAAGCCAGUGGAAGCAACAGCUCACACUCCUGUGCUUGAGUCUAAUCCCGCGGCGGCAGCGCACACUCCUGCGUUAAAGCCUGAUCCUGCGGCGGAUCCAGUCCGUACGAGCCCAAAAUCUGAGGAAUCGCUUGGUCCUACGACCAAUCCACCUCACCCCGACCCCGUUAAACCUACGCCAUCGCCUGGCCCUACGCCCGAAAACGUUCAGACCCCGGCACCAUCUAGCACGGCAUCGCAUGAUCCUCCGAAGCCAGCAGAACACGAAGGUCCGCAAACACCAGCUCAAUGA